AUGGAUCGACCGGCUCGAUUUAACAGUGGAGGCAGCUGGAUCCACGAGGACUCAGCCUCGACCUCUGACAGGAUCGGGUCAAAGGCCCCGAUGAUUCCGGCCUUCGAGACGAUACAGCUUGAUGAUAUGAACGGCCGGGUUGGGGGAUCUGCGUCCAGGGAGGCGCCGGUACGGAAGACCACCGUAGAGUUCGCGGAUUGGUCCAAGAGAAUACGUUCCAGUAACUCGCCGGAAUACUGGCCGACACGCAGCAGCACAGUCGACUCGACAGAUUGGGCCGAGAGGAAGAACGGCGAGGACCUUCCAGACUGGCGCCAAAAGCCAUCACCCUUGAAAGAUACCGGCAAGGAGUGGCCGACUGUCAGUGUCGAGAAGGUGCCAGCCCCGGAAUACGACGAUGUCCCAACAAGAGAGCCCGGACAACAGUACAACCAGAACUUUCUCCACCCGCCUACGCCGUCACGAGAAAGCAUCAAUGACGCAUUGUCCACGGAUGACCGCGACAAUGACGACACGACCUCAUUGCGAUCCCGCCGUCUGAGCGUCAACAUGGAACAGAGCAGCCGCUUCGGGUGGUGGACUCUGUGCCUUCUGCUCUUGGCAUUGAUCAUGGUGAUACUGACUGCUUUCUAUUCGACCGGAUCGGCUACAGCCUUGAUGAGGGACAAAUUCUUCACGACGUCUUCCGCCAACGCAAUUCUCAUCCUGAGAGUACUCACCGAGGCCUGCGCUGUCAUUAUGGCUGCACUUGUCGUGGUGGUUGUAGAAGAUCUACAGUGGGCACUGGCAUCACGCCCAGAGGGGGUCAGCCUGUUGCACUUCGUUGGCAUGGACUCAGGUACCGGCGUCUGGGGCUUGAUGCGUCUGCUGGCGACGGCUGACUGGAGGCAAAAAUACUCCAGUCUCUUCCGUCUCAUGGUCAUUUGCACGAUACCCUUGCCAGGUAUCAUCCUGAUGGGCAAUAUAACCAUCGAGCUCAUCUUCUUCCCGCAGGAAACAUACGCCGUCUCUGCUGGCAUUGGCAAAUUCAACUCUUCCUACAUCAACUACAUCGACUCCGUCUCGUCCACGGCCCUACUCGUGCAAAUGGGCACCCCGGCAUGGUCUGACCGGGACUCAUUUAGUAUGGAUUCCCUUGGCCCCGAGGAAGGCCUCUGCACGGUCUCGGCCACUGACCACAGCUGGACACCCUGUGCCGAGUCGCACUUGUUAACCGGUGGUAUUGUCAGCAUAUCACCGCAAAAGGACGACCUCGCGCAUCUUUCGGAGUCCACAGCCUACGUGGUUCCCAAAACACGCGUCUUGCAUCUUGAGUAUGGCACAGUGCACGAUAUCCAAGGCCUGUAUGACAACGGUAACUGCUACCUGAUCGGUACCGCAGCAGCAGCUUCAUAUUGGUGCGCCGCUGUGGGAUCAGACAAGGAGCUACUGUUUGGCUCCUCGUACUGCCCACUCGCUGUGCAAAACAAGCAGACCUGCCUGGAGGAUGCCACCUGGUGGAGCCCACUCGUGAUGGUAUCAUCCCUCUUCGUCUACGAACGCUAUGGCACAGUGAACUACGACCGUGGAAAUUUCUCUAUCCUUUCCGUUACGAACCUCACCCCUCCUACUAGGGAAAUUAUCAAGCUUGAAGAAUACAUGCUAGCCCUCUCUGCGGUAGUCCCAGGUUUCAGCCCCGCGGCGACAGCAAACAGCAGCGCCCUCUCGAACUCCACUUCCACUAUGAAGGGCGACAACUCGGCCCUUGCCGUCUACGCCGUGACCGCGCUGCCGAUCAACGACAACGAGGUCGCCAAGAAGCUGAGCCUCAAGGCCAUUCGCAAGGCCAUGAGCGUGCCCUUUAACUACUUCCACGCCAACUACUUCUCCAAGCCGUCCAUCUUCGAACUCGACAACCCGCGCAAGGGCCUCAGCGAGGACAUGUACACGACCAUGUCGCUGGCCAUCAUGAGCCACCAGGUCAUCGCGGGCCCGACAUCGCGCUGGCUCUUUGGGGUCAUAUCGGGCCUGCUGCUCGCCCUCUGCACCGCCGCCAUCAUCGCCACCGCCCGCAUCUGCAAGCGCCGGCCCCAGCGCUGCGGCUACCCAACGCUCGACUUCGCCGCCGUCUGUGCCGUCAAGGGCGGAAUCCCCAGGCCGCCCAGCAACGACGAGGAGAGGGGCCCCGGCGGCCUGCAUGGCCUGCACCGCAGCCUGACCCAGCUCGGCCAGAAGCCGCAGGCCUUCCAGGUCGCGAGCAAGAUCAAGGGGGAGAGGGUCCGGCUUCAUGGCUGA